AUGGCCAGCCAAAUACCAGAAGAGCAUAUCCGGCAUUGUAUGCUUUUUGAGUUUCGUAAGGGUUCAACAGUUGCGACCAAAAACAUUUGCGAUGUUUAUCCAAGUGUAUUAGACGUUCGUAAAUGCCAAAGAUGGUUCUCUAAGUUCAGAUCUGGUAAUUUUGAUCUCUCUGACACCUAUCGAUCAGGAAGACCAACAACAUUAGACAACGACAUGCUAAGAGCAGAAGUGGAAGCAAAUCCAUGUCAGAUAAUCGAAGAACUCUCAAACACCCUUAACCAACCUUGGUCGACCAUCCAAGAACAUUUGCAGCAAAUUGGAAAAAUAAGCAGAGCAGGUGUUUGGAUCCCCCAUAAUCUGUCCGAAGAGAACAAAGCCAACCGAUCCAUCACAUGCAACGUAUUGCUUCAACGGCACCAUACAGAACCGUUUUUUGAUCGCUUGAUCACCGGAGACGAAAAAUGGGUCCUAUAUGGUAAUCCAAAACGCAAAAGGCAGUGGCUCUCUCUAAAUGAAUCACCACGAAGUACGAGUAUACGCGGAAUUGUUCAUUUUGAAGUGCUGAAACCUGGACAAACUGUUAAUGCAGAUCUUUAUUGUGAACAAUUGGAUCGAGUGAACCAAUCUUUAAGCGAAAAGUAUCCGGCGAUUGUCAACAGAAAAGGCGUUAUUCUGCAACACGAGAAUGCAAGACCGUACUGUGCAAGACGAACCUUGGAAAAAAUUAAUGAAUUGGGGUGGGAGGUACUGCCUCACCCAUCAUAUUCGCCUGAUAUCGCACCCUCGGAUUUCCAUUUAUUCCGAUCGCUACAACAUUUUCUUAGUGGAAAAAAAUUUGAAAAUUUGGAUGAUGUCCAAAAUGCCAUCUCGAGAUAUUUUACUCAAAAACCAAUUGAUUUUUAUCGGUCCAGCAUUGAAAAUUUGCACACUAGAUGGCAAAAGGUUAUUGAUAACGAAGGUGAUUACAUUAUUGAUUAAAAAUAAAAACUUAUUAAAAAUUUAUUCGUUUGAAUUUAAUUUAAGAAAGCGACAUUACUUUCCGGUCUCCCUAAUAUUUAUUGCAAAAAUGUUUAUCAUCAUGAAAAAAAUUGCCAGUGGCCAACAAUGACAUCUUCUAUUAUAUGAGUAAUUAGCAAGUAAGAAAAUGCAAACGUCAAAGUUGCAUUAACAUAUUGGAUAUCGGUAAGAAGGUACAGAAAAACAGGACUUUUCCAGUGCAGCAGUUAUAUCGUACUGUAAUAAAGUAAACUACAUAAAAUCAAUACAUAAAAAUGCCAGUAUUAAAUGAAGCACGUUCUGAAAAUAAAUGUUAGUUUAAAAAGUAUAGUUCUAGAGCUAUAGGUUUUCCUUGCAUUAAUGGAAC